AUGUCUGGUUUAUUAACUAAUUUAAAUAUCGAAAGUGGUUAUUUUAAUGAAGAAUUAAAAGAAGAAACAAAUGAAUCAAAUUUUAUGUAUACUAACAUUAGUAUGUUAAUAAGAGCCUAUAAAAAGGAUAGAAAUAAAUUGAUGCUUUUAAAUAAAAAAUUGAAUCUAAUUAAAAUAGUUGGAUUUGUUAUAAAUAUUGAAGAAAAAAAAGAAUUCAUAGUUUACACAAUUGAUGAUACAACUGGUUAUAUAAAAGCAAAAUUACUAUUAACAUAUUCAUUAAAUUCUUAUAAUGAAAAGAAAGAAGAUAUAAAAAUUAAUGAUCUAAUACAGAUAUUUGGUCUUUGUAAUACUGUUAGUAUUAACGAAGAUUUAACUAUUUCAAUAAGCUCAAUUAACAAAUUAAAUUCUUUUAAUUAUUUGUGCCAUCAUCAUCUAUUAGUUUUUCAUAAUUAUUUAAAAUAUACAGAAAACGAGAAAAAAAGUUUGACUGAUAAGACAAAAAAUGAAUAUGAUGAAAAUGCUUCCGUAAAAAAUAAUGAUAAUCCUUUUUUUAAUUCCUUUUUUUAUUAA